GUUGGAUGGUAUGAAGAUACAAAUCUCGGCGGAUUAGAAAAAACAGCAGAGAAAUUACUGGUAGCUGAUACAGAAUUCGUGAUGGGAAGAGUGCUCGUGAGCGGAUUGACACUCAUGGGGACGGCUGCAUCGCCCAGACUGGACAAACAGCUGCAACGCGACGUAGAUGAAAUGGUGAGGUUGGCAACGACGUCUCGCGAUAUUACAACGCGAGAAAAGCAACACGCCGAAGCCAUGAAGUUGUUUUCUGACGGAUACAUGAACGAGGCGACGCUUGUAUGGGAAGAUAUCCUUACUAACCACCCUACGGACAUGUUAGCCCUGAAACUGGCUCACGAUUCGUACUUCUACCUGGCUAAGCAAGCUCAGAUGCGCGACUCCAUCGCACGCGUGUAUCCGCACUGGAAUGCAUCCAUUCCCUUAUACGGAUAUCUUCCGGGAAUGUAUGCCUUUGGACUGUGUGAAACCGACCAUUGGGCUGAAGCGGAGAAAACAGCAAAGAAGGGCCUGGAGUUGAUUCCUAAGGAUGGGUGGGCGACGCAUGCGUUGGCUCACGUAUAUGAGAUGCAAGGAAGGAGCCAGGAAGGCAUCUCGUUCCUGAGCAGAACUCUUGACAACUGGACGACAGCAAGCAUGUUGGCGUGCCAUAACUUCUGGCAUUGGGCCGUUUAUCACAUCGAAAGGGGCGAACACACGGCAGCGCUAGACGUGUUUGACUCUCAGAUUGCGUCGCGGGUGAGAACUAGUGGGACCAUGGCGGAUAUCGUCGACGCCUGUUCCAUGCUGUACCGACUGGAAAUGGAAGGUGUUCGUGUCGGACAGAACGAUGGAAGAUCGUCGCCGAAAUAUGUCGGCCGUACGCCGCGACCACAUGCUGGUGUUCAACGACUGCCAUCUAUUGAUGUCGGUUUCUCGGCGCGAAAGAAGAGCGGCUACGCUGGAUGA